AUGGAAUUUGUGGUGGAUUCAGACGAUUCUGGAAAGAUGGCCAACAUUGACUUCAAUUGUACAAAUGAGACUGCAGUCAUGAAGAUGAAGCUCAAUGAAUUAGAGGAAUAUCUCCAACAAGGAUGGCGCUAUUUCCGCCCCAGUGUCUACUACGUGUCACCAGUGAGGAAAUCCUGGUUUGACAGCAGAAACUUCUGUGUUGAAAGAGGUGCAGACCUGGUGGUCAUCAACAGCAAAAAAGAGCAGGAGUUCAUGAAUAAAUUUGGAAUGAUCACAUGGAUUGGACUGAGUCAACAGCAGCACAACGGACAGUGGGUUUGGGUGGACGGGACUCCGCUGAACAUAAGCUUCUGGUCCCCUGGAGAGCCAAAUGAUUUUGAGGGAAUUGAGGAAAACUGCACUGAAAUAAAGGAACAUUAUACAAGAAUGAGCUGGAAUGAUGCUUCUUGUCAACAGAAGAACUUUUGGAUCUGUGAGAAGAAUAUAAAUUUCCUGUAA